UCAAAUGUCACUUCAUCUUUCACAAAUGUCAUAAUCCUGAGAUGAAACAUGGCAGUUUCCGCGUUUUCCGAAGACGGAAAAUAUUAUUCUAAUAUAAGUAAAGAUGGUAGAUUAAGGAUAUGGGACACAGAAACCAAUGUGCUGAAACAGGAGUACACACCAAACCUCCAUUUGAGCUCGCCACCGUCCUGUUUACAAUGGUUAAGCGUCACGAAUACGGCUGGCUCCCCACAAAAAGGCGCAAAACGUAAACAGAGCGUAAGCGAAGCACAAUUCAUAGCUUUAGGGACAACAAAUGGAAAGAUUCUUAUGUACUCCGUAACACAGGCAAAAGUAGAAAACGUUAUAUCAGACGAGAAAAGUGGUUUUAAUCAAUAUAUAACUGCACUGGAUUGGCGCAGGAACUACGGGUUAUUCAGUUGUAACAAGGCUGGUUUUGUGUACGAGUGGGAUUUAAACAGUGGAAAAGUUAGGAAUAAGUAUAAAGUUACAGAUGGUAAAAACAAACAAGGGAACAGUGUCAGUUCAAUCAAAAUAGUGCCUCAUAAUCAGAAAACACAAGCAAAAUAUUUAGUCACAUCGUCAUGGCAAGUCUGCGUGUGGAGGCUCCUCAAAGGAGAGUCGACGGUGGUGCGGCAGCUGGGACACAACACGUCAGCGGGUGCUCUGCUGACCGUAGCGCAACUUGAGAACAGCUGCUGGCUUAUUGAGGGCUCACAAACCGAGCGCCUCCUAUCAUUCUGGGACAUAACCGUCACAGACGAACACCUCCCCCAACUCAAUGGCAAUGGAGACGACUCAGCCACCCCCAACAAGAGACAAAGACGGAAGAGUGUUACCACAUCGACCCCCUCAUACAACUUUGUGUUGGAAGACGCCCCUAAGUUUGUUGAUGUGGACGUGAGGGCAGAGGGAGACGGCAAUAUGCUGCGGCUGGCUGCGGCGACGAGGAGCGGAGUGGUGCAUUAUUAUGGGCAUAUGUUGAACGGCGCCUCAGCAAAGCCCAUCAAGCCGUCAGUGACAGUGCAGGUGACGACAGCAGAAGCGUGUCCGCUGCCGCUACUGGCGUGCCGGCUGGCGGGCGCUGAACUCACGCUGGCGUACACAGACGGACCGGCUGUGCUGUUCGAGAAGAUUAGUCCAGACACAUCGUCAAAGACGCAAGUUCUAAUACGGGGUGAGAGCAAACCGGCUCGGAAGAAGAACAAGACAAACGACGCGAACAAAGUUCGCGGCGAGCCCGAGCGUGACGUCACGUACGUCGAGCCCAUGGGUGGGGUCACUAGGAAACGAAACGCGCCUGGAGGAGAGGUGGAGGUCCCAAUGGAGGCUCGUCUCGAGAACCUGUCCCUGGAGCCGCGCGGCCGCGGGAAGGCGGCGGUGGGACACAACCUCACCAAACUCCUCGUGCAAGGACUACACUCGAAGGAUAAGAGUCUAAUACUAACGGUUCUCCAAAAAGACGACCCGUUGGUGGCCGCGCAGACGGUCUCUGGACUACCAGCGGGCUACGUGCCCAUGUUGAUGGAGCAACUCGCAGACAUGGCCACCAGGAAGACCAGCCAAUGCGCGUCGGUAUGCUCAUGGCUGGCCGCGACACUGAAGGCUCAUUCAGCACUGCUCCUAGCCACCACCAACUCACGCACUUCAAACCACCUCACACAGCUAUUGGCGUUGUUUACUUACAGGCGGUCGCACCUGUGCCAGCUGCUGAACCUCAAGGGCCGGCUGGAGCUCACGGGCAGCCAGCGCGCCGCGAGAGAUGAAAGCCACGAUGCGCAGCCCGCCGUGCUCGAGUAUAACGACACAUCAUCAGACGAAGAGAUGGAGCUAGAACAAUACCAGUCAGACAGCGCGGCGUCGUGGAGCGACGACGCAGAAGCGGCCGCCAGCAGCGACGAGGAUUGACGAUCAAUAUAGACCAUGUUAACUUA